AUGGGUUCUGCAUGGUCUCGUUCAAAGAGCACUUAUGAUCCAACGCCAGUUUUCAAAACAAAAUAUGGUAAAAUAAGAGGCAAACGUUACCAUGUCGGCGCUAAUCAUUAUGUGAACGUAUUCAUCAGUAUUCCAUACGCAAAACCUCCCACGGGGGUUCUUCGCUUUAAGAAACCGUGUCCUCCUGAAUCAUGGCCAAACGUUCGUGAAUGCAUUCAAAACGUUAGACGAGUACCUGAACGGGAAGCGUUUCUAGGGCGAUGGUCAACAGGCAAUCCGAGCAACGAGGAUUGUCUUUAUUUGAACGUUUACGCACCGGAAUGGGAUCCAUUUGGAGAGCAAAAGAGUGGAAGAGCUGUCAUGAUAUGGAUAAAUGACGAGGAGCAGGCGUUGUACCCGUUACACCCGUCAGUAGGCUGCAGCGGUCGAGGAAUUUGCAAAUAUCUUUGCUCGAGAGACGUGAUUGUAGUGAGUGUGCAUUAUCGACAUGGUAUUCUCGGUUUUGUUGCAACUGCUGAUCAAUACAGCACACCGAACCUCGGCAUUUGGGACCAAGUGAUGGCCAUCAACUGGGUCAAAGAGAACAUCGCAGAAUUUGGUGGUGAUCCUUACAAUAUUACCCUGUUUGGUCAUGGGGCCGGUGCUGUCUUCGUGGAUAUACUAUCCAUAUCACCAUACACAAGAGACUCAUUCGAUAAAAUGAUUCUGAUGUCUGGUACAGCAGAUUGCAAGUGGGCUCUUCAUGACAUUCGACGUGUGAAGCAAGCAACUAUAGCACAUGCUUGCUCACUUGGAUGGCACUAUCCUGAGAAUGCAAGUGAGGAAGACAUAAGUGCCAGUUUAAUGAGAUUCCUGCGCCAUCAGUGUGCCACCUCAUUAACGCCUAUAACUACCGGUUACGACAUAUGCAAGUCGAUUAUCACUUCCCCAACACCAUUUGGAGCAGUUUUUGACGGCGAUCUCAUUCCUGAAUCGAUCACUGAGUUACGCAAGAAAACACCAAAAAAGACAUGCUUAUGUGGUGUAACAGAAUACGAGGCACUGAUUUUUGGUACGGGUUGUGCAUCAGUCCGAUCAUUAUGCGAAGACAUCAUUUCUAUUGUUAAUUUGAUCAAUUGCUUUCAGAUGGAAGACUGUAUUCACUUAUUCUCAAAUGGCAAACGCACAUCUGGAUUUGGUCGCAAAUCAUUGGAUAUGACGAGUUUCGAUCAUCUUUUGAACGUCAUCAUUCCUCAAAGCAAUGACCAUCCAUCUUCACAUUUGUUCAGUGUCGCAAAAUCACUUUAUAUCAAUGAUGCGUACAGCAGUAAUGAGAUGAAACGAGCUUAUGUGAAGCGCUCACCUCUUCCAGCAUCAACUCAUGGUAGCGAUUUAGCGUUUCUCUUCGGGAAAUCACCAUCUCAGAACAUCAAACGUACCGCGGCUGAUCGAAUGGUUAUCGAAAAUUUGACAACGCUAUUCACGAAUCUUGCUAAAUUCGGUGAUGUGAACGGCAGUUUUAUCGAAGGUUUAGAAGCGUUGAAUGAAUACGACAAAUGGUCGUACGUUUCGAUUGGUCGAGGUAUUACAAUGAAAUGCAAUUUCCAUGACAGAAGAGCAAAUUUUUGGCGUCGAUUACGAGAGAAUCGUUUGCAUUUGCCGAACGUUGAAGCAAAUUCGAUUCAAACUCAGACCGACCCGAAACUGCUGACUGCAAAACGAUAUGCAUCAACAAUACAACGACGAGUUCACUGUCAACAGACACAAACUGAUGCGAAUUUACAAAUUGAUCUGAGUUUAUCUGAGCUUCAUGAAGUUGCAAUGAGAAGUCGUGAAUCUCUGAACGACUCUGAGAAUCUUCAACUAGAAGAAAAUGAAGAAGAGGUGGACAAAUUGGAAAUAAUGAAAAGUCAAACUGACGAGCUAAAUGAAGAGGACAUUGAACGAUGUGAGGAGAUCGCGAUUACGAUUACGUUGACGAAAGGUGAACGAGGAAAUUCAUUGGAUUUACAUGAAGCAGAGAUAAUCUUCUUUGCGUGGAUGAAUGAAGCGAAUAUUAGACCGUAUGACACCGAGAGUCAUAAGGGCGGCGAUGGAGAAGACAGUUCGUUAGGCAGACUGGAAGUGCACGAGGAGACCGCCACCGAUGAUCAAUCGCUCAGUGUUUUGUUCUACGAUGAAAUGCUUUACGAGGAUUAUGUGAAAAUUUGCGAAUAUUUCGCAGAUGGACUCAACAACAAUUCAUCAUUCACACCGACUGCACAUCGUUGUCCUACUUCUGAAACGUCCAGUAUGCCAGUAACAAGUCAGACUGUUCGAAUGAAUACUAACCAAAUUACCAGUGAUAAGUCACAUACGGAUAGAUUAAAUUUAGAAACGCCGCCAUCAGAUCGAACCACACUGAGAAGCAGCCUUCCGGAGAAUUUCUAUGAGGGAAGCGCAAGAGAUACUGAUCGAACAGUCUGGUAA